AUGAAUGUUUUAAUAUUAUUAUUUUAUUUAUCCCUGGUUUACUGUUCUUACUGUUCAGUUCAAAGGGCAGGGAUUGAACACAAAAGUGCCCUAACGCUUCAGAGCACGGAGCAUAAGGAAGGAACAAUAAUUGGUCAAAAUACUAGGAACUCCUGUCAAUAUACAGACUUUCGCUGGUCAAGCUGUAUUUGUGAUAGGAAUGUUAUGAUAGGUAUUCGAUUUUUGGUAAAUGAAAAAGCGGAAGAUUGCGCUCCAGAAGUAACGAUUAUCGAACUUCCAUGUGAUAAGUCUUCUUGCAACCAAAAACUUUUAAGCACAUCUGAUGGUGUUGCAUGUCCUUCGCUUGCAAAUAUUGAUGGAGUUUGUGACUCGACCAAAGGUUUUUUGACUGAUGUAAUGGCCAAAUCAUUUGAAAUGUGUAGGGCAUUUUGCUCUGUAAUGGUGAACUGUACUUACUUUAUCUUGGAUGCAAAGAACUCAAGAUGCAAAUUAUACACUGGAAAUAAGAUAUGUGGUAAAGAGGCCCCUGGGAUUACAACUGGCUUGGCUGGUUUUAAUGAGAAUUCAUGUUCAGAAUGUUCGGUUGGUACAUGGGGAGGAUUAUCAGAGUGUAAAAGACCCGAAGACUUUGAUCCCGAUUUAUUAGGGUGCGGGGAAGCUGUCCGUACAAGGAUAUCUAAUGGUAAUAUUGAUGCAGACUGUCCUUAUAGGACUGAGACUUGGACCUGCUCACUACCUGGGCAAACAUGUGAUAUGAGAACUGAAAUAUCAGAUAUUUACCUUAAAUCAAAACCGGAAACUGAUAAUGAAUCUGAUUCUUAUAAAUUAUUGGAAAUCUCGUUAAUUUUUGCAGGAAUAGUUACUGGAAUUUUAAUUUUUGUACCAACUUCACUCAUUUUUCCUAAAAUUGGACAAUUUUUUUACGGAAAAAGAUUGUAUUCUUUGUUGUCUGGGAAUGAAAUAGAUUCAAAUCGAGCCCAUAUUGAUGAAACAACCAAUAAUGUAGAUGAUUAUGAGGAGUGGGAAGAAGAUGAUAUGAAUGUAGAGUAUGAAACAGAAUUCACAAUAGAUAACAAAUAG